UUACUAAUGCUAACACCACAAACCCACAGAAAGUGUACUAAUGUUUGCCGUAACUAAGACUUGAUCUCAUGACCUCCGGCUUAGAAGACUUGAACGCUAUCCUCUAGGCCACGGUCGGCGGCAUUACGGUAAAUCCUCCGUGAACACCAAGUCUUCACGCACCAUCUAUUCAUCGACUUCAUAGCCGCAUACGACACGAUCGAUCGUGACAAGCUAUGGAAAACCAUGGACGAGAACGGCUUUUCCGGAAAGCUGACCAGACUGAUCAAGGCGACGAUGGAUGGAACGCAUUCCUACAAAAUACUAAUUUAACGAUGGUUUGCAUAGUACCGACCUGUGGCAUGAUGCAAACCAGUGGUCAUCGAAUGCGGAAGCUACCUCGACACCCGGAAUUGGCACAUCGAUGGCUCCAGGCAAUCGAAAUCGGCUGUCGUCAGCAGAACAUUCCAUGGGUUCGUGAGAAUUGGAUUUCAGCGGAGAUUUGCGACGGUCACUUCGAUGGAGACAAUCCUCUAUACGCUUCCGGAGGGUAUCUUGAACCUUCACGGUUUUACAACAGUUCAGGGGAAGCCUUAUCUGUAACGUCAUGCCGACUUUGCUUACAAUUUUACCAGCAUAAUGAAGUCACAGAUUAUACGGAUUAUAUGACACUACGUUCUCCUGAAUUGUUCAGUUUGGGGUCAAUUAACAAAUUAAUUGCCCCUAGUAAGAACCUCUCCAAAUUUAUUUGUUUGGAGUGUGUUGCCAAACUCGAUAUACUAGAAUCGGUUCUUCUAUUUUUCGAUCAUUCUUAUAAGUGUUUUGAAUCUCUGGAAGCAUCCCUUAACUUGAUGAAUCACGACAGCAACCUAAAAUCUGAAAAGAGAAAUGGGAUUACUGAAGGCUCGCUUGUGGAAGAAGACCGACAAUUAGAGCUGGAAUUAAGUGAAGUGAUGAUUAAAGACGAAAUUCCAGAUGAUGAAACUAACAACUUUCUUCAGAAAUCAGGAAUUGCAAGUGAUGUAACGAUCAUCAAAGCCGAAUGUGUACCAUCUGUAGAAUCUGCUUCUAGAUUUAAAAACUACGGAGCCAAAGUUAAAAAGAAACCAACCACUGAAGUGAUUAGCUGCUCAGAAUGUAAUCAAUGUUUCGCCACAAAAUAUAACCUUAAACGGCACAGAUGGUUCAAACAUUCAGCAUCAAAGAAACCCAGCCGACUGUUGAUGUUUGAAUGUGAAUUAUGCAAAACUAAGCAUAUGAGGCUAUCCGAGUUAGAUAGUCAUAUAAAGCACGAUCACGGUGGAGAAGAAUAUCCGUAUUUGUCAUGCAAGGAUUGUACGAAGACGUUUUCCUGCCGAACGAAGCUAACUCGUCACAGUUUAUGUCACACAGACACAGGAAAAAAUCGGUGCGAUAUAUGCAACAAAUUGUUUAUUUCUAGAUGUAACAUGCUUAUGCAUCGGAGACACCAUAAUAAGGAAUGGAACCACGAAUGCGAGAUCUGUCACAAAAAAUACACAACGAAAGAAAUACUGAAAUAUCAUCAGAAAAAACAUACCGAGGAGUUGAAUUACGAAUGUCUAUACUGUGAUAAGAAGUUCAUUUUAAAGAGACGUCUGGAUUAUCAUACUGCUAUGCAUCACAUGGACCGGAGUUUUAAAUGUGAUUUAUGCAGUAAAUCGUUCAUUACUGAAAAUCGAUUGAAAAUUCAUCACAAGACCCAUAUAGACCCAUUGCCUACAGAAGAACGUAUCAGCUUCGAAUGCAAUGAAUGUGGAAAAAAAUUUAGCACAAAGUAUCAAAUGAAAAUACAUCAAGCUCAUGUUCAUAGCACCGAACGUCCUUUCGCUUGUCAGAUCUGCGGAAAACGUUUCACAACGAACAAAUAUUUACGUCAGCAUAUGGUGCUGCAUAAUAACGAACGGAACUUUGAGUGUGAUAUUUGUAAAGAAACAUUCAAAACAAAAAGCGUGCUAAAAAUCCAUAUGGAACGGCAUUCGGACGAGCCUAAGUUCAGUUGUAAUUUGUGCGGUAAAGCCAUGAAAACGAAAAGCUCUCUGCUGAAGCACAUCAAGAGACACACGAAUGAACGCGAAUUUGAAUGCGUAGAUUGUGGAAAAAAGUUUAAAACAAAGCAAUGUUUGGGAAAUCAUCGUCGAGUAACAUGUAGGCCCGUUUCAGCUUUUCAGCUGUAGACGUCAGCCAGAGUGGCUGGCCGUAAAGUCUUUCGCAAUUGAAGAAUUUAGAGUGUCCAUACUAUUGACUGGUGAUUUGAAAAUAAUACAUUUCCUUAGCUAUUCCGUUGGACAGAUUUCGAUUUAUUGGAAAGAAACUGUCCUGGCAGAUAUUCCGUUAUUUUUCGAAUAGCUCAUAUUACUGGAGUUUUGGAUAGAAUUUGACUUAUUUUGGACCGGAUAUAUAUUUUGUGCCACCUUGCACCACUCUUCUCCUGUUUUCAAAGAUGAUGAGAGAAACAUGAGCUAUCAAGCACACCACCCACCGACUCGGGAUUUUAGCUGAGCGCGUAUCCUUGAUCGAUUACUUCAGGCUUGCCGUUACUUACGGCCAAAUAAAGAAACUAUCAGUGCUGCCUUCUGAGUUCGCCUUGGUUACCAGAAAAUUAUCAAGUUUGGACCCAUAUUACACCUCCCAGGACGUAUAUUACCUACACCUUACAAUCAGAAAAUAGCCAAAUACUUUGAAAUCCAAUCCCCAGGUGGCCUCAACAAAUUAGGUAUUCAAAGCAACAGUUCAAGGGAAUAGAAGAACGGCUGUUGAAACGCGUUAUGGCCGGGUAAUAAAUAUUGGUUUGUUUGGGAUUUUAAGCUUUGUAAUGCAUACAGUUGAAGCAGUCGCACAUGUUAUAUUGCAUUACCCACGACGAUUCAGCGGGUUUAGAAACGUUCAAUCGUUUGAUGGUAACUUCGAAACAUUGAUUGAGUUAUCCAUAACAAGUAAUAUUCAGCUAUUUAGGGAGGCCUAUAGCUAAUAAAGUACAACAGAAGCUUGAUUUAUAACGACAAAGCCAAAAACAGAUCACACAACAAGAUGAAUGGACUGCUGGGCAUAUAGUCUUCGUCACUGGUCUGCGUUAACCUGUAAAGCUAUACACCCAAAAUAAUUUUCACUUAAAAAAUAAGUGACAUCUGUAGUAAAUUCUCGCCAUACGUAAUUUCAUUUGAAUUUUUUAAGUGAUGGGUCAAGUGAAUUACACUAUGACGUUCGAGUGAAAUUUAUCUGAGUUUCUAAAUAAGUUUCUAGUUAAUUAUCUCUCGCGUUUUCAAAUAAAAGAAUAUUUAUAGAACAGCAAUACGAUUUCAAAUACUUACAUUACGCUUUCUCCAUAAAUUUAUGGCGAAAGGAAAAUUCCAUCGUAAUCCCAAGGCAGAUCGGUUACUGCGGAUAAUGCGACUUCUAAAUCUUCCCUGCUGCAAACCAGAAAAUCUGUCCAGUUCAACCCACAAGCUGAAACAUGAUAACACCAUUAAAUAACUUUUCCUUGCAUCACGUUUAACACAAACUACCGCCAAAAUCGCCUAGUGAAGAAUUGGGAAAAUCCAAAUCCAGCAUAAGCUUUAAACGCUGCUCUUUGCCAUUUUGAACUCUGAAAAUAAACACAACCGACCCUACAUUCACUUGAAAUUCAAGUGAUGGGGAAGUGUAUAUUUUUUCUCACUUCAAAUUCAAGUGACAACUGAAGUGAAUGUGGAUGAAUUCACUUGAAAUUUAAGUGACUGCCAAGUGAAAUGUAUAUGUCGCACUUGAAUGGAAGAAAAUCACUGGAUCCUUGUUUUUAAGUGAAAAAUCAUGUGUAUUAUAAGAGUGGAUUUGGGUUCAGUGUACAAGAAGAAGAAGUUGUUUGUUGAUCUUUUGAGUAAAUACGAACCUCUACGAACGAUAGUUUCUCCGAUAUUGACGAUGGUUUGCGGUGUUAUAGAGUUUCAUUUUCUGGCCAAAAUAAACUAAAACGAAGAAGAAG